UUCACUUCUCUCCAUCCCUGUCGAACUUUUCGAUUCCAAGGGUUUUUUUUCCCCAACUAUAUUAAGGAUGGACGAUGUUAAAAAGAUGAUAGAGUUUGAGGAAGGAUGGGGGUACGUUCAGAAGGGCAUAACGAAGUUGAAGAAGAUUUUAGCUGAUCCUACGGAGCCACAAUUCAGCUCCGAGGAAUAUAUAAUGCAAUACACAAAAAUUUACAACAUGUGCACUCAAAAACCACCGUAUGAUUACUCUCAGCAGCUGUAUGACAGAUAUAAGAUUUGUUUGACAGAAUACCUUAAAGCAACGGUUUUACCAUCUCUGAAAGAAAAGCAUGAUGAGUUCAUGCUAAAAGAGCUACUGAUCAGAUGGUCAAAUCAUAAAAUCAUGACGAGAUGGCUUUCCCGAUUCUUCCACUAUCUUGAUCGCUACUUCAUCCAACGCCGAUCCCUUCCUACAUUAAAAGAAGUUGGUCUCACAUGUUUUCGUGAUCUGGUCUACAAAGCGCUGAAAGUGAAAGUGAAAGUGAAGCUUGUGGUGAUAACACUGAUUGAUCGAGAGCGUGAAGGCCAGCAAAUAGAUCGAUCUUUACUGAAGAAUAUCUUAGACAUAUUUGUUGAAAUGGGAAUGGGGAAAAUGGAAUGUUAUGAGAACGACUUUGAAAACCCCAUGCUUAAAGAUACAUCAGCGUAUUAUUCACGAAAAGCUUCAAAUUGGAUUCAAGAAUAUUCUUGUCCAGAGUAUAUGCUUCAAGCUGAAGAUUGCUUAAAAAAAGAAAAGGAAAGAGUAUCUCAUUAUCUUCAAUCUAGUAGUGAGCCAAAGCUGCUCGAGAAAGUUCGGCAUGAGCUGUUAACGGCUCACUCUACCGACUUAUUCGAGAAAAAAGACUCUGGUGUUUAUGCACUGCUGAGGGAUGACAAGAUUGAUGACCUAUCAAGGAUGCACAGACUUUUCGUAACAAUACCCCAUGGAUUGGAACCUGUGUCUACUAUGUUUAUGAAGCAUGUUACAGCUGAAGGCACAGCCUUGGUCAACCAGGCAGAAGAUGCUGCAAAUAAUAAGACGGCAGAAAAGAGAGAUGUGGCUGGAAUGCAGGAACAAGUCUUUUACAGGAAAGUGAUCGACUUACAUGACAAGUGCAUGGUGUAUGUAGUUGAUUGUUUUGCGAACCAGACCCUUUUUCACAAGGCGCUCAAAGAAGCAUUUGAAAUAUUCUGCAACAAGAGUAUAUCUGGAAGUUCAAGUGCAGAGUUACUUGCCAACUUUUGUGAUAAUAUUCUUAAAAAAGGUGGAACUGAGAAACUGAGUGAUGAAGGCAUUGAGGACAAACUUGAGAAGAUAGUGAAGCUGCUUGCAUACAUCAGCGAUAAGGAUCUCUUUAUUGAGUUCUGCAGGAAAAAGCUUGCUCGGAGGCUUUUGUUUGAUAGGAGUACCAGCGAUGAGCAUGAGAGGAGUAUUCUUGCAAAACUGAAAGAGCAGUGGGGUGUUCAGUUUACCGGAAAGAUGCAAGGAAUGAUUACAGAUUUAGCUUUGGCAAAGGAGAAUCAAUCCCAAUAUGAAGAGUACGUAAGAAAUGAUCCUACUGUCAAACCCGGGAUUGACUUGUCUGUAACUGUGCUGACUACUGGUUUCUGGCCGAAUUACAAAUCGUCCGAACUUGUUCUCCCAUUAGAAAUGGCCAAGUGUGUUGAAGCUUUCAAAAAGUUUUAUGAUACAAACACGAAAAGUAGGAGACUUACGUGGAUAUAUUCGUUGGGUACCUGCAACGUCAAUGGGAAAUUUGAUCCAAAAACUGUGGAGCUGAUUGUGACUACCUUUCAGGCAUCUGUUCUUCUUUUAUUCAAUACCUCUACCCGGAGGAGUUAUGAGGACAUCAAGACUGAACUCAAGUUGUCAGACGAUGAUCUAGUCCGGAUUCUCCACUCGCUGUCAUGUGCAAAAUAUAAGAUCCUUAUCAAGGAGCCAAAUACCAAAACAAUAUCUUCCAUUGAUUACUUUGAAUUUAACUCAAAGUUUACAGAUAGAAUGAGGAGGAUCAAGAUUCCUCUACCUCCAGUAGAUGAGAAGAAAAAGGUGAUUGAGGAUGUUGACAAGGAUAGGAAGUUUGCAAUUGAUGCAGCACUUGUUCGCAUCAUGAAGAGCAGAAAAGUCCUGGGGUACCAGCAGCUGGUUAUGGAGUGUGUUGAACAAUUGGGACGGAUGUUUAAGCCUGAUGUAAAAGUAAUAAAGAGGAGGAUCGAAGAUCUGAUUAGCCGAGAGUAUCUUGAGAGAGACAAAGAUAAUGCAAGCAUGUUCCACUACUUGGCAUGAUGAUUCUGUUGGUACCUUGCCGAUUAGCUUUAAUGUUGAUACUAGUCAUGUUCAUUUCUCUACUUUGUUUGAAUGCCACAGUAACUGUUUAAUGUCUUGCUUUGGUCAUUUAUCUUCGACUUUGUUUCCACAUAUUACUGUCAUUCCAAUGGAUGUUUUCUCA